AUGACCAGCCAGACGAGCGAGCCGAGGAAAUCCAAGGUGGUCAGUGAUGACGAUUUGUAUCGCAAUUCGUCGCAGUAUCGACUGUGGUCAUUUACGAAACAGCAGUUGUUAGAUCGUAGAGCCGAGUGUCACAAUCGGGCUGUUGUCAAGCUCCAGAAAUCGCUGGUAGAGAAGGGCAUUACAGGCUCGGAAAUUGAACCAUUGAGUCUGGAAGAAGAGGCCGAUUUGGUAUCGUUGUACGCCAGCAAGAUUGGCGAGAUCGCCAAGUCGUUUAAUAUGCCGUCGCAGGUUAAAGCCACGGCCAUUUCGUACUUUAGCAAGUUCUAUCUGGUGUAUAGUGUCAUGGACUACCAUCCCAAGAACAUUCUGUAUACAUCUGUUUUCCUGGCUUCUAAAGCAGAAAACUAUUUCAUUCCUAUUGACAAGUUCUGUAGCGCCCUCAAAAGAACUGAACCAAAAGAUAUUCUCGACUCGGAGUUCCUGUUACUAGAAUCGCUGUCAUUCACUCUGGCAGUUCAGAACCCGCUCAUGUCACUACACGGGUUUUUUCUCGAUAUCCAAAGUGCUGGUAUUGCCAGUAUAGAUGAGUCGGUGCUCGGUCAAUUACACGAUGGAGCCCGUGCCGUCAUUGUGGACGGUUUCAUCACCGACGUCAUGUUUCUCUACACACCACCUCAGAUCGCUCUAGCAGCUAUGAUGGUCGUCAAUGAGGCCAUCACCCUCGAAUAUAUCACCCAGCGAUUCGUGACCAACCCCGAACAAAUCGAGUUUCUACUCUCCGUAAUUGUCGAAUGCAAAGACGAGCUUGUCAACAUCCGACUGCCCUCGUCCGACCGCGGCAAAGAGAUCGAUAAAAAGCUCCAUAUGUGUCUCAACCCCGACCGAAAGCGCAAAAAGCGACCCAGUCCCACCACCGCCGGCCCCUCUGGCACAUCAACGCCCUCUUCCACCGCCAACCAGACCCUGUCAGCCGAAGAACCGGCCAUCAAACGACUCAAAUCAGCCGACAUCAGCUCCGAAUCCACCCCCGUAUCCCUCACCACGGUCACUAUCGACGCUUCUGUCGAACCGCUGGCCGACGAAGUCCCCGAAAUGACGCACCUACCUGCCUGA